UUCGCUGCGGCGAUCAGUUGUUUUUUCAACUUGAAACCAAGCGGAUGCGCGGCGGUCGUUAUAAAGAGUUAACAAAAAAGGUCCGACACAUACACACACACUCGCUCGUGCACGCACACUCAUACCGAAAAAAACUAGAAAAAAGACAACAAGACAAAGUGGUAGAAGCAACAGGUCAGGAAGAAGAAGAACGAGUCUUGUUUGCUGGCCUUAAAUUAAGGUAGUUAACUAUUCAAAAGGCCACAAAAACAACGCGGGAGUUGAAAUAAUUUAACUGCAAUACAUACAUAGGCGUUAAAUGCCUGUGUGUGUGUGGGCAAGAGAAAAGAAAGUGCAAUAAAAUCCAAAAAUUGUGAAAAUCCAACAAGUGCAAUGUAUACAACAAAAAAUACAUAAACCAAGAAAACAGUAAAAACAGUUAAGUCGGCGCGAAAGAAAGAGAGUGAGUAAAAAGACGAAGAAGAAGCAGAGAAAGAGAAAGAGGAGCAAGAGGAAGCUGUAGAUAUCAUUUACCAACAACCUGUCGCAUCUUAAAAAAGAGCGAGAGCGAGAGAGAGGGAGAAUAUCCGAUUGAGAACCACUUGUUGUUGCUGCACAGCCGCUGGCGGAGCAGCCCUGAGAUGCAGAUAGUCCAAAGCUAGGCUGGCAUGAAGCUUCAGUUCAAGGAGCAGAAUCACUAGCAAUAGACAUAAAUCAAGGAAUCCUGGGGUCAAACAUCAACAGCACAAUCAUCACAGGAAUAGAUUGACAAAAUGCAGGUUCCCGAGCACGUUGUUUCACUGUACAUCGCCACGUGCGGCCAAAAUGGAUCCGGCCUAGGAUCGGAUGAGAAGGAGAUCAUAUUGCUGGUCUUUGUUCUCCUGGAAGUCACCACUGGACAGAUCGUGGGCACCAAACAAAUACUCGUGCGGCCUGAUGGCUACUUCAUCAAAGAUCGCACUAUUUCGAGCUCAUCGGACAACUCGAGUGUCACCAACAACACGGCCAGUUCCCCGCCCUUGGCGAUCGGGGAUUCCAAUAACGGCAGUGGAGCCGGGAGUGGCAACGGUAGCACCGUGGACAACGGAUCCGAGCUGAUCCUUCCCAUCGCAGAGGCCCAAGCUGCGGGCAAGCCCUUGAGUGAGGCCAUCGAAGAGUUCGAUGCAUACCUCCGAUCUCUGUCGCUCCACGACACGGAGAUCAAGCUGGUCACCGAUGGCCAGCUGCCGCUGAGGCAGUGCCUCCACCGGGAGGCCAGUGCCAAGGACGUGGAGCUGCCGGCGUACUACAACCGCUUCAGCGACCUGCGCAAGGAGUUCCUGCGCUACAAGUCCGGCGACCUUGCCCGCGCCCUCGUCCCCGUCAAGGACGUCAAGAAGAUGCUGCAGGCGCCGACGCUGCCCAUGCCGCAGUCCAUCGCCGAGAUGCUGGGAGAACUCAACACCUCAUCGGUGGAGGACAACGACUUUUUCAUACGCGAAUCUCGCGACAUGGUCACUGUGAUCCAGACUCUGCUGCAGGCAGGUCACAAAUUUGCUGCAAACGAAUUGGUCAACCUGGUACUGGAACCUGGAAUUUGCUCCAUUGACGACGAGAUCGACGGUAACUGCAUAGUGCGGGCCAGAGGAUUACCCUGGCAGAGCAGCGACCAGGACAUCGCCAAGUUCUUCCGCGGCCUCAACGUAGCCAAGGGCGGCGUGGCCCUCUGUCUUUCUCCAUUGGGACGGCGCAACGGCGAGGCAUUGAUCCGAUUUGUGUGCCAGGAGCAUCGCGACAUGGCGCUCAAGCGGCACAAACACCACAUCUGCACCCGCUACAUCGAGGUGUACCGGGCCACGGGCGAGGACUUCCUGGCCAUCGCCGGCGGAGCCUCCAAUGAGGCACAGGCCUUCCUGUCGAAGGGCGCCCAGGUGAUCAUCCGGAUGCGGGGACUGCCCUACGACGCCACCGCCAAGCAAGUGUUGGACUUCUUCACCACUGGCGACACGGCGCCCUGCCACGUUCUUGAUGGGAGUGAGGGCGUGCUGUUCGUUAAGAAACCGGACGGACGGGCCACCGGCGACGCCUUCGUGCUGUUCGCCCACGAGACGGACGCGCCCAAGGCGCUGGGCCGGCACCGCGAGUCCAUUGGGCAGCGGUACAUCGAGCUGUUCCGAUCCACGACCGCCGAGGUGCAGCAGGUGCUCAACCGUUCGAUGGACCCCAAGAACUACGAGUCGGGCGGCGGACACAGCCAGCCGCCGCUGAUCGCCCAGCUGCCCACGAUACCGCUGCCUCUGCUGCCGCAGGUGGGUGCCCACAGCCUCGCCCAUAGCCUCGGAGUCAGUCCCGCUAACCUGUGCCCCCCCGUGCCUCCUCCCGCUCUCCCUCUCCCCACACAGCACCUCAUCACCUCGGGCACCACCAAGAACUGCAUCCGGCUGCGCGGACUGCCCUACGAGGCGAUGGUGGAACACAUCCUGCACUUCCUCGACGACUUCGCCAAGCACAUCAUCUACCAGGGCGUGCACAUGGUGAUCAAUGCGCAGGGACAACCCAGUGGCGAGGCCUUCAUCCAGAUGGACUUGGAGGACUCGGCCCGCCUGUGUGCACAACGCAAGCACAACCAGUUCAUGGUGUUCGGCAAGAAGUUCCGCUACAUCGAGGUGUUCCAGUGCUCCGGCGACGACAUGAACAUGGUCCUCAAUGGUGGCCUGGCUUCACCGGUGGCUCAGGCGGCGCAACCGCAUCAUGGCCACGCCCACAAGCAGCAAUCGCUGCUGGCCGCCACCACGGGUAUGUUCAGUUCGGCGGGUCAGUCGCCGACGACCGUUGCCGCCGGUACCGCUCAAUCGCCGCUCGGCGGCACUCAUUCACACACUCACCCGCACUCACAUGCGCAUGCGCACACCCCGGGCCACGCCCAUGCGGCAGCGGCCGCCGCCGCCGCCCACCACGGAUUGUCCGGCUCGUCGGGAAUGUUGCCGGGUCUGUCGGCCGCCGCCGCCGCCGCUUCCGCUUCCGGCUUGGCAUCUUUCAUGGCCGCCAAUCAGCCCACGGCUGCCGCUGCCGCCCAUUCCGCUGCCUCGUUGCAAAAUGCCGCUGUGACCUUGACCCCACAGGGUUACGCCCUCAAUCCCUUCUCGCUGCCGCCGCCAGGAUCUUCCGCUGCUGCGGCAGCCUCAACUCCUGCGCUGCUGGCCCAGCAGCAGGCCCAGUUCAUAGCCCAGCAGAGUUUGCUGGUGCGACAGCAGUCGGCAGCUGCUGCCUUGGCCGCCGAGCAUAUGCAGCAGCAGCAACAGCAACAGCAGCAGCAACAGCUCUAUGCCAGUGCGAUGUUGCAGCAUCCGCUGUACUUGCAACAGCAGCAGCAGCAACAGCAGCAACUGUAUGCCAGUGCCAUGUUGCAGCAGGGUCAGCCGCAGUUUGUGCUCAUGCAGAGGCCCUCGACCGCCUACUUGCCGCCCUUUCCGCUCGGCUAUAUGUCCGCCGCGGGGGCGGCAUCGGGAGUGGGCGUGGCAGCAGGAGCAGCUGCAGGAGCGGCAGCGGCAGCAACUUCGGCCUCCGCCAGCAACUCGCCGCUGAGUCAGUCGAUGAAGCGCUCGUACGAGAACGCCUUUCAGCAGGAGGCGGCUGGGGCGGCAGCGGCGGCCAGUGCGGCCAAAAGGGCGUUGACACGCCCCCCCAGCAACCUUUAUUCGUACUAUAACACUGGGCUAUAGACCCAGAGAGCUAUAUACCCAUAUAGACCCAAUCAAAAAACCUGAAAUAAGAGCUCCAACUCCAGCACUUCGGGCACAUUCCGCGAGUGGGUGGGGUGUUCGCAUAUAAUACCCUCAUUAUGGAGCACACAUAACCAUAUCAUGUAUCAUCAUGGCCACCACACUCAUACACUUGCAUACCAGACAUUCUCUAGAGCUUAAUUGAUACCGAUUUGGAAUGUAGACUUAAGUACUUUUCUUGUACGGAGUACUAGUUGUAGCCUAAGCAUAAUACUUGUCUAUGGUCUAAGCGAAUAAUACUUACUAUAUAAUUAAUAUGAAACAACAACACACACCCGGGCAUACACACACACACACACACAUACCCAUAAGCACUGCUCACCCAUACACGCAUAAGUACACCAGCUAACAGAGGGAAGUUAUAUAAAAAAGGAUCAAAGAAGUGUCCUGAUCACUUGUGUUCUCACCAAUGGAUUUUAAAUAUAAUUUUUGAUAUAUGCUUGGUGUGUGUGUGGGUGCGUGUGUAGAGCAGGAGGGUGUAUAUAUACUGGAUUAAGAGCGGUAUAUAUCUCCUUCCUGUUCCUCCGAUUCGAAGGCAAUCAACAGAGGCUAACGUUGUUCAUGGAGGGAGCGAAAUCUUGUGGGUAGUUUUCCCGUGGUCACCACGCCCAUUCAGUGCAAUUUAAUUUUAGUGUUUAUCCUUUGGAACUCUCUUUUAUAAAGCCACCAAUUAAGCCCCCCCUGAGUUCCCCUCCCCCCAUGAACCACGUCAGGUGUUGGCUCAAGCUCAAAAUUUAAGCUGAAUUUGAAACCGAACCCCAAAAGCGAAACCGAAACCUAGAAGUGUUUACGGAUUAAGCAAAUAUUACCGUGUUCUGUAAGACAAACCUUUUUUUGAUUAACCAACGAUGGCCUAUCGAUUUAUAUAUAUAUAUAUAUAUAUAUCUACAUUUAUAUACAUGCUAGCUUUAAGACUGUGCGACUUGUAAAGUGGGUUUGCAUAUUAAUUUUACCGGCAAUCUUUUCCCGUGUCUCUCCAUGGCCGCUAACAAUCAAUUAAUAUAAAUCUCAUCGUUUGACUUGCAAUAUCGUACACUCUAUAAACAUAGUGCCUAGAUCUAUGGUGUAGCUUUUAAGUGUGCGUAACUGGUGUUAGUCGCAAACGGGAUAAUUCUCUCUACUAUCACUCUCUAUCUCUCGAUAUCAAUAUCUCUCACUGUUUGUGUGUUCUCUGUCAUCACUAAUUUAGUCGGGAUCAGCUAGAUUUAUAGUCUAAAGCUUGUUGUAAGUUGGGGCGCUUUAGUGUCUAUACAUAAAUAGUGUGUCUAGUCUGCAUAAACGGAUGAUAUGUAACUGGUUACUGGUGACUCGGGCUUACAUCCCUGCAAAGUGCUGGUUAGCUUUAAGACUGUCUUAACCCUUGAGAAAUUAUUAUUUCGAAACGACAUGAUCAUGGGAAUCCAAAACAAUGUGGUGUAAUUAACUUUUAAAAUUCUUCAAUAUAAGAUAAGGAACUUCUUGUGGGUUAAGACAAGUUUUCAGCUAACGAACGUUUUGUAAAAUCUGUACACACAUUCGAGCUUUUGUCGGCGUCUUCCAGGAUUAACUCCUGACCUUCCCAAAUCCCCAGAAAACCCAGCUCUUAAUAUAAACCUCUCUUUUCUCCUGCUGCGUCUAACACUCAGUUUCGCUCGGCUUGGGAGAAUCGAGCUUAGCGAGAGAAAGGCAUGGGAAAGAUAGUCUGCGCCUAGCCUAAUCCUUAUUAGCCUAAUUUAACCACUAGUUUUAUGUAGUAUGGCAAUCGAGUGGCUUCCGAGCGGGUUCUACGGCCACUUUAAAGAAACAACACACGUAAUCAAUAAUAUCUACUUAACUAGUUUUUACGCACAACAAUUUUAAAUGUUUUUUUGGAAAUUUUACGAUUUUUGAUAUUCCAAACUUUUUUACCACUAGAUGUUAGUAAAACAACCUUUAAUUAAUUUUUUACAUCAAUAAAAUACGACAUACCGCCUAAACUAA